UAGAAAACACAUUUUACCUUCACCUAAAGCCAAUUUUUGUUUGGAACUACCAGGUAAUACGGAUUUAAACCAAGGGAGCUGUUUAGUUUUGUGUCAAAUUAUGUAAGGUUUUCCUGCAAGAUGACACUCUUGGCCCAGAGCGCAAAAAGAGGAACUGUAGGACCCAGCAGACCACUCUACCCGGGACUUCACCUGUUCUCGUGCACGUUGCUCUUUUUCUUUUUUCCUUUUUUUUUUAAACUUGGGAAUGCUUACCACCGGUCCGUGAUGAUGACCCAAAACCUCACAGCAAUGCUCAAGAUCCACAGCCUGCUGGUCCUCACCGCGUCCCUCGCCGGCGCCUCGCUCGCCGAGAUGGUGUUCCGCUGCCCGGUGUGCACCGUGGAGCGCCAGGAGCUCUGUCCGAUGCCCAGCGAGCCUUGCGUGGAGAUUGUGCGCGAGCCGGGCUGCGGGUGCUGCCCGGUGUGUGCCCGGCAGGAGGGCGAGACGUGCGGCGUGUACACUCCGAGGUGCGCCGCUGGCUUGCGAUGCUACCCGACGCCCGGCUCGGAGCUUCCCCUGGAGCAACUGGUGCAGGGCCAGGGCCAGUGCCGGCGCAUAGUAGACACCGACACUACGAGCCAGGAGCACCGGGAGCAGACCAGCGAUGAAGCAGUUGAACUGUUGCCUGAGCCAGGCCUGAGCGAUGUCAACAUACCCAGUAAGGAUACCGCCUGGAUGGGACCCAAGGAGAGCGCUGUACGACAACAUCGUCAGGAGAUGUUGACAAAGAUGAAGACCAACAAAGUGGAAGAGUUAAAACCUUCACGGCCCAAACAGACUCAGUGUCAACAGGAGCUGGACCAGGUGCUGGAGCGGAUCUCCAAGAUGCCCUUCCGAGAUAAUCGCGGUCCCCUGGAGGACCUUUAUGCCCUGCACAUUCCCAACUGCAACAAGAGGGGGCAGUAUAACCUCAAACAGUGCAAGAUGUCUCUCUAUGGUCAGAGGGGCGAGUGCUGGUGCGUAAGCCCCCACACAGGCCGACCCAUCCCAGCAGCCCCCACUGUGAGGGGCAACCCCAAUUGCAGCCAGUACAUCCCAGAGCUGGAGCUGGAGCUGGCCAACAUGGAGCAGAUUUAAUAAUCAUCCUUUUUAAAAACCCUAAACUAAACUAAAAGGAACUGUAAAGCACAUGGGUUAGGGUUAACUCUCGGUUGUUUGUUAACUCUCUCAGGUUAACAAACAACAACAACAAUGAGUAAGCUAUCUAUAAUCUUUCUGAGUGUCUCUAGUGGAUGUCUUAGUCACCAAAAAGUGUUAGAAACCAGCUUGCUGAGUAGGAUCAAUCCUGGAGUAGACGGGAGCAUCAUUUUUGCUUGUAGAUGUGUGUUGACCAAUGAGCAAUAAGUGUCAGUGAAGUUGAACUUGCAGUUGUUUAGACUGAGAGAGAGUGUGACGUUAAACUAAACACACAAUAAAAAGGUUUGUAGACUAAA